GCUGCUCGCUCUCCGUCCCCCGGGGCGAUGGGGCGGCGGCAGCCCUGCGCUCCUCCUCCGCAGCUAGGACUCGGAGGCAGAGGGAGGGCUGCGAGCGGCAGGCUGUUGCUGCGCGUCUCCCGGCGAGCGAGGGGCACGCAGAGCAAGGGGUCCCCUCGCCAGCCAGGCGUCCUCCCCUCCUCCGCCCCCGCCCCGGCCGCUGAAUCUGCGCUGCUGCUGCUGCUGCCUCUUUAAGAGGAGGAGGCCGCCGCCGCCGCCGCUGCUGGCUCUGGACGGGGGCCGGCUGUUAGGUUUGCAGUGCAGGAGCAGCGAGCGCGGAGGAGCGCACGGCACAGACGUGCACCUGGAAAGAGGAGGAGGAGGAGGAGGAGGAGGCGCCCUGCAGCAGCCGCCGCCGCCGCCGGGGGGCUUCCACAGCGGACCCCGCCGCUGCACAGGCCGACCCCCCCCCCCGCGCGCGCCUUGCUUCCCUGCGGGCUGCUUGCUUGGCGGCCCCCCUCCUCCCUCCCUCCCUCCCCGGCUUCGUUCUUCUUCCCCACAUCUGCAGCAGACAAAGCCAGAGGGCGGCCGCGGAACCCAAUAAAGGCGCGUCGCAGGUCGCCUCUCUGUGGCCUCUUCUUGCUGGCAGAGGAGAGGAGAGGAGGGGAGGUCGCUGCAGGCCCCGCUCGUGCCCGCCUCUCUCCAGCUCGCUCGCCCCCUCUCCUGCCCGCAGAGGCCGCCCCCCCCCCCCGCUCAUGCCUCGGAGCUGAUGCCUUUGCCAGAGGAGCCAGGAUGGGGUUUCUGCACCAGCUCUACCUCCUGCUCUGGAAAAAUGUCACCCUCAAGCGGCGGAGCCCGUGGGUGCUGGCCUUUGAGAUCUUCAUCCCUUUGGUCCUCUUCUUCAUCUUGCUGGGGCUCCGGCAGAAGAAACCCACCAUCCCCGUGAAGGAAGCUUUCUACACGGCAGCUCCGCUCACCUCUGCUGGGAUCCUGCCGGUGAUGCAGUCCCUUUGUCCCGAUGGGCAGCGAGACGAGUUUGGGUUCUUGCAGUAUUCCAACUCCACGGUGACGCAGCUGCUGGAGAGGCUCAACCAGGUGGUGGAAGAGAGCAACUUCUUCGACCCGAGCCACGCUGGGCUGGAAGAGAAACUGGAGUCCUUACGGCGCCACCUAGAGUCCCUCAGCAGCAACGAGCCCAGCGCCAUGGAGGCACACUUCAGCAACCAGGCAGCGCCUGGUUUCACCCUGGACUCUACUGCCAAGGACAAAGCAGAGCUCCAUGGCUUUCUGACGCGGAACCUUUCUCUGUCCAACGAGACGGCCGAGCUGCUGACAGGGUCCAACAUUAACCUCAAAGAGGUAUACCGGUUAUUCUUUGGCACCGCUCCUGCCUCCACGGAGGGGUUUCAUGAGCCCUGGGACCGAUUCAACACUGCGGAGAAGCUGCUGCACUUAGAGGAAAGUCUUCUGGGCAGCUUUCGGACCACGGAGGACGGCUUGGUCCGCCAAGCGCUGCGCUACCCCCAGAAGGCUCCUCACAAGAAGACCCUCCUCCACCUCUUCUCCCAGGCCUUUGGGCUUGCCAGCCCAGCCGCGGAGCCCUCCAGCUCUUACAGUCCACAAGCCUUUGUGAAGGACAUGGAGAACGUCCUUUUCACUCCGGCGGUGCUGGAGAGGCUCACCUGCCGGCAUGGCCAGGACGAGCUGAAGCGCAUCCUGGUGGUGCCGGAAGGCCAGGGCCCUCUUCUGCGCGCCUACCAGGUGGCCGCCUGCAACCGGAGUGCCAGCCUGCGCAAGGACUACUUUGGGCAGCUGGCGGCGGAGCUGAAGGAGCAGCUGGACGCCCGGAAGAUCAUCAACCAGUUGAAGCUCGACGAGGUGAACGGAACGGCGGCUCGGAACCGGCUCCGUGCCCUGCUGGAGGACCUGGCGGAGAUGGAGAAGGUCCUCAAAGACGUGGAUGUCCUCUCGGCACUGGCCAGGCUCCUCCCCAAGGGGGCCUGCACCCCCAAGGCGCCCCUGGCCUCUCCCAACAGUACCAGCUCCGGGGGGAACUUCACUUCCGGCAGCAACUCCAGCGCUGAGGAGGGGAAGAGCGAAAGCGAGCCCCUCCCGGAGAACCCCCAAGGGCAGUGCUCGGCCUUCGUCCAGCUCUGGGCAGGUCUGCAGCCGAUCCUCUGUGGCAAUAACCGGACCAUUGAGCCAGAGGCUCUGAAGCAGGGGAACAUGAGUUCGCUGGGGUUCACCAGCAAGGAGCAGCGUAACCUGGGCCUCCUUGUCCACCUCAUGACCAGUAAUCCCAAGAUCCUCUAUGCACCUGUCGGCACGGAGGUGGACAAGGUCAUUGUCAAGGCCAACGAGACAUUCGCCUUUGUCGGGAACGUGACUCACUACGCCCAGGUCUGGCUGAACGUCUCGGCAGAGAUCCGCACCUUCCUGGAGGAGGGCGUGCUUCAACAACGCGUCCGCUGGCUGCAGCAGAUUGCCGCAGAUCUUCAGAAGCACCCUGAAAUCCUGAACGUUUCUGACAGCGACCUUCUCCACAGCUUCAUGGACAGCAACUUCUCCUUGCCCAGCUCCAACUCUCUCCUGCAGCAGCUGGACACCAUUGACAAUGCUGCCUGUGGCUGGAUCCAGUUCAUGUCCAAGGUCAGCGUAGAUAUCUUCAAGGGCUUUCCAGACGAGGAGAGCAUCGUAAACUACACACUGAAUCAAGCCUACCAAGACAACAUCACGGUGUUUGCCAGUGUGAUCUUCCAAACCAACAAAGAUGGAACUCUUCCACCCCACGUGAUGUACAAGAUCCGGCAAAACUCCAGCUUUACGGAAAAGACUAACGAGAUCCGCCGCGCGUAUUGGCGGCCCGGCCCGAACACCGGGGGCCGUUUCUACUUCCUCUAUGGCUUCGUCUGGAUCCAAGAUAUGAUGGAGAGAGCCCUCAUCAACACCUUUGUCGGCCAUGAUGUGGUUGAACCCGGCAACUACGUGCAGAUGUUUCCAUAUCCGUGCUACACCCGUGACGACUUCCUGUUCGUCAUUGAGCACAUGAUGCCUCUCUGCAUGGUCAUCUCUUGGGUCUACUCGGUGGCCAUGAUGAUCCAGCACAUUGUAGCGGAGAAGGAGCACCGCUUGAAGGAGGUGAUGAAGAUGAUGGGUCUGAACAACGCGGUGCAUUGGGUCGCCUGGUUCAUCACGGGGUUCGUCCAGCUCUCCAUCUCGGUCACGGCGCUCACCGCCAUCCUCAAGUACGGGAAAGUCCUGAUGCACAGUGACGUCUUCAUCAUCUGGCUCUUCCUCGCCAUCUAUGCCGUGGCCACCAUCAUGUUCUGUUUCUUGAUCUCUGUGCUCUACUCGAAAGCCAAGCUGGCCUCAGCCUGUGGCGGCAUCAUCUACUUCCUCAGCUACGUCCCCUACAUGUACGUUGCCAUCCGGGAGGAGGUGGCCCACGACAAGAUCACCGCCUUCGAGAAGUGCAUCGCGUCUCUCAUGUCCACCACGGCCUUCGGGCUGGGCUCCAAGUAUUUUGCCCUCUACGAGGUGGCCGGCGUGGGCAUCCAGUGGCAUACCUUCAGCCAGUCGCCGGUGGAAGGCGACGACUUCAACCUCCUCCUCUCCAUGAUGAUGCUGAUCAUUGACGCCGUGGUCUAUGGGGUGCUGACGUGGUACAUUGAGGCUGUGCAUCCAGGAAUGUACGGCCUCCCCCGGCCCUGGUACUUCCCGUUCCAGAAGUCUUACUGGCUGGGAAAUGGACGCACCGAGACCUGGGAGUGGUCCUGGCCGUGGUCACGAACCACCCGCUUGAGCGUCAUGGAGGAAGACCAAGCGUGUGCCAUGGAGAACCGGAGACUGGACGAGUCUCGAGGCAUCGAGGAGGAGCCGACUCACCUCCCGCUGGUGGUCUGUGUAGACAAACUGACCAAGAUCUACAAGACAGACAAGAAGCUGGCCCUCAACAAGCUGAGCCUCAACCUCUUCGAGAACCAGGUGGUUUCCUUCUUGGGCCACAAUGGAGCAGGCAAAACCACGACCAUGUCGAUCCUGACGGGCCUCUUCCCUCCGACGUCCGGCUCCGCCACCAUCUAUGGCCACGACAUCCGGACGGAGAUGGACGAGAUCCGGAAGAACCUGGGCAUGUGCCCCCAGCACAACGUGCUCUUCGACAAGCUGACCGUGGAGGAGCACCUCUGGUUCUACUCGCAGCUCAAGAGCAUGGCGGAGGAGGAGAUCCGCAAGGAGAUGGACAAGAUGAUCGAGGACCUGGAGCUGAGCAACAAGUGCCACUCCUUGGUGCAGACGCUGUCGGGCGGCAUGAAGAGGAAACUCUCAGUGGCCAUCGCCUUCGUGGGUGGCUCACGGGCCAUUAUCCUAGACGAGCCCACAGCCGGCGUGGACCCCUAUGCACGGAGAGCGAUCUGGGACCUCAUCCUCAAAUAUAAGCCAGGAAGGACCAUCCUGCUCUCAACGCACCACAUGGACGAGGCCGACCUGCUGGGCGACCGCAUCGCCAUCAUCUCCCACGGGAAGCUGAAGUGCUGUGGCUCCCCGCUCUUCCUGAAGAGCACCUACGGCGACGGGUACAAGCUCACCGUUGUCAAGAAGCAGUCGGACUCCCGGACCAGCAUGGACUCCGGACAGACCCACAGCCCUGCCUCGCACUCCUCCGUCAGCCCCUGCUCCGAAGCCCGGGUGACGCAGUUCAUCAAGAAGUACGUGGCCUCCUGUCUCCUGAUCUCCGACACCAACACAGAGCUCUCCUACAUCCUCCCCAGCGAGGCGGUCAAGAAGGGCUGCUUCGAGAGACUCUUCCAGCAUCUGGAGCACAGCCUGGACGAUCUGGACCUCACCAGUUUUGGCCUGAUGGACACCACCCUGGAAGAAGUUUUCCUCAAAGUCUCUGAGGAGGAUCAGUCCCUUGAGAACAGCGAUGUGGACGUGAAAGAGUCCAAGAAAGACGCCCUCCCGCUGCCUGUCCCCCAGCUUGGCUCAAAGCCGGAGGCCAACGGGGAGGCCCUUCUGGGCACGGAGACCCCGCCGAAGCCGGAGGCCGAGUCCCCAGACCUGCUCUCCUGCUCCAAGCUGACCCAGUCACAGACGUCCCUGCACUCCGCCUCUUCAGCCGGCUCAGUGAGGGGCGACGAAGGUGGGGCUUAUUCGGAGUUCUAUGGGGAUUACUCUCCGUUGUUUGAUAACCCGCAAGACCCUGAUAACGUCAGUUUGCAAGACCAAGACGCCGAGGAGCCGACUCUGGCGGGCCAAGGGGCCUUCAAGCUGGAAGGCUCCUGGCUGAAGCUGCGCCAGUUCCACGGCCUGAUCGUCAAGCGCUUCCACUGUGCCAAGCGCAACACCAAGGCGCUCUUCUCGCAGAUCCUGCUGCCUGCCUUCUUUGUCUGCGUGGCCAUGACGGUGGCCCUCUCCGUGCCGGAGAUUGGUGACCUGCCUCCCCUCGUCCUGUCUCCGUCUCAGUAUCACAACUACACCCAGCCCAAGGGCAACUUCAUUCCCUAUGCCAACGAGGAGAGGCAUGAAUACCGUCCCAAGCUCCCAGAUGCCACCCCCCAGCAGCUGGUCGGGACCUUCUACCUGCCCUCCGGGGUGGGGGCCACGUGUGUCCUGAAGAUGGCUUUCAAUGGCACCUUGGACCAGCCAGGCCAGACGCUGAACCUCAACAGCAACGAGUCGAAGAUGCUGGCGGCCAAGUACUUUGACGCCAUGUGCGUGGACUCCUUCACCCAGGGCCUGCCCCUCUCCAACUUCGUGCCUCCGCCCCCGUCCCCCGCCCCCUCCGACUACCCCUUCUCCCUAGACGAGGACUUGCUGCACUCCUGGAACGCCACGGCCUUCCCCUCCACUGUCAAAGAAACUGUCACCUCCACCCCAUCCCUGCCCGGCAUCAUCCAUGAGCCCAUCAAGUGUACCUGUUCCAUGCAAGGCACCGGCUUUUCCUGCCCCAGUGGAGUGGGGGGCCACCCGCCCCAGACGAAGGUGGUGACAGGAGACAUCUUGGUGGACAUCACCGGACGGAACGUCUCGGAGUACUUGCUCUAUACGUCGGACCGCUUCCGGCUGCACAGGUACGGAGCGGUGACCUUCGGCAACAUCCAGAAAUCCAUCCCAGCAUCCUUUGGGGCCAAGGCUCCUCCCAUGGUGCGGAAGAUCGCCGUCCGGAGAGCCGCCCAGGUUUUCUACAACAACAAGGGCUACCACAGCAUGCCCACAUACCUCAACACCCUCAACAACGCCAUCCUGCGGGCCAACUUGCCCAAGACCAGAGGGAACCCUGCUGCCUACGGGAUCACCCUAACCAACCACCCCAUGAACAAGACCAGCGCCAGCCUCUCCCUGGAUUACCUGCUCCAGGGCACCGACGUGGUCAUCGCCAUCUUCAUCAUCGUGGCCAUGUCCUUCGUCCCGGCCAGCUUCGUGGUCUUCCUGGUGGCCGAGAAAUCCACCAAAGCCAAGCACCUCCAGUUCGUCAGCGGCUGCGACCCGGUCAUCUACUGGCUGGCCAAUUACGUCUGGGACAUGCUCAACUACCUGGUGCCAGCUACCUGCUGCAUCAUCAUCCUCUUUGUGUUUGACCUCCCGGCAUACACCUCGCCCACCAACUUCCCUGCUGUCCUCUCCCUCUUCCUGCUCUAUGGCUGGUCCAUCACGCCCAUCAUGUACCCGGCGUCCUUCUGGUUCGAGGUCCCCAGCUCGGCCUACGUCUUCCUGAUCGUCAUCAACCUCUUCAUUGGCAUCACCGCGACGGUCGCCACCUUCCUGCUGCAGCUCUUUGAGCAUGACAAGGAUCUGAAGGUUGUGAACAGCUACCUGAAAAGCUGCUUCCUCAUUUUCCCAAACUACAACCUGGGGCACGGACUGAUGGAGAUGGCCUACAACGAGUAUAUCAAUGAGUACUACGCCAAGAUUGGGCAGUUUGACAAAAUGAAGUCGCCCUUCGAGUGGGACAUCGUCACCCGGGGCCUGGUGGCCAUGACGAUCGAGGGCUUCGUGGGCUUCUUCAUCACCAUCAUGUGCCAGUACAACUUCCUCCGGAAGCCACAGCGUCUUCCCGUGUCCACCAAGCCCGUCGAGGACGAUGUGGACGUGGCCCACGAGAGGCACCGAGUCCUGCGGGGAGAUGCCGACAAAGACAUGCUCAAGAUUGAGAACCUCACCAAGGUGUACAAAUCCCGCAAGAUCGGGCGGAUUCUCGCCGUGGACCGCCUCUGCGUGGGUGUCCGGCCGGGAGAGUGCUUCGGUCUUCUGGGCGUCAAUGGGGCCGGGAAGACGACCACCUUCAAGAUGCUGACGGGGGACGAGAGUACGACCGGUGGCGAAGCCUUUGUGAACGGGCACAGCAUCCUGAAAGAGCUCCUCCAGGUCCAGCAGAGCUUGGGCUACUGUCCGCAGUUUGACGCUCUCUUUGACGAACUCACGGCUCAGGAGCACUUGGAGCUCUACACCCGCCUGCGUGGCAUUCCCUGGAAGGAUGAGGAACGGGUGGUAAAGUGGGCUCUGAAGAAGCUGGAACUGACCAAAUAUGCCAACAAACCAGCCAGCACCUACAGUGGUGGCAAUAAGCGGAAGCUCUCCACAGCCAUCGCUCUGAUUGGCUACCCAGCCUUCAUUUUCCUGGACGAGCCGACCACUGGGAUGGAUCCGAAAGCACGGCGUUUCCUGUGGAACCUCAUCCUGGACAUCAUCAAGACGGGCCGCUCGGUGGUGCUGACGUCGCACAGCAUGGAAGAGUGUGAGGCCCUCUGCACGCGCCUGGCGAUCAUGGUGAAUGGGCGCUUGAAGUGUCUCGGAAGCAUCCAGCACCUGAAAAACAGGUUUGGGGACGGCUACAUGAUCACCGUGCGGACCAAGUCCAGCCUAAACGUCAAGGAGGUGGUGCGGUUCUUCAACCGGAACUUCCCAGAAGCUGUCCUCAAGGAACGGCACCACACCAAGGUCCAAUACCAGCUGAAGUCCGAGCAGAUCUCCCUGGCCCAGGUCUUCAGCAAGAUGGAGCAAGUGGUGGACGUCCUGGGCAUCGAAGACUAUUCCGUCAGUCAAACCACGCUGGACAACGUGUUUGUGAACUUUGCCAAGAAGCAGAGCGACAACCUGGAGCAGCAGGAGACCAGCCCCGCCUGCUUGAUGGAGUCGCCACUGCAGCGCCUGUUGAACCUCUUGCGUCCCCGGGCCGCCCCCACGGAGCUGCGGGCCUUGGUGGUGGAGGAGCCCGAGGACCUGGAGACGGACGACGAGGGGCUGAUCAGCUUCGAGGAAGAGCGGGCCCAGCUCUCCUUCAACACCGACACGCUCUGCUGAGAGGCGGAGGGGGACACAGCCCCCUCCCUUGGCUUUGGAUCCACAGACUCCCUCCCGCUUGAUAUCCGCCUUCCUUGGCCCACCCCGCACCCCCGAACCUCGGCAGUUGAUCGCGAGGCGGCGGGAGGCGAGCGAGAGGGGCUGGAGGCGGCCGGUCGCUCGUGUCCGACCUUGGCGGUUGUGCCGGAAAGUGGCCGCGGCCCCGCAGAAGAGAUGCCGGGGGGAACCGUCUCCUCCGAGGCGGCUGCUUGCUCAGGAAGAGGCUUCCCGCGAUGGGCACCGAGAGGAGGAUCCAGGCCCCUCCGCAAUGCAGCUCUGCUCGGGACCUUGGAGGGAGGCUGGCCUGGAUUUGGGGGAAGACGAGUGCCGGCACAGGAGCUGCGGCUGAGGCGGCCCCCCGGUCCCAACUCCCUGGCGACGGGGCGGUGCUUUCGCAGGAGGAGAUGCUGCUGCCUCGGGCCACCCCCAAGACGUGGGGCCUUUUGAACCUUGUUUUCUCUUUUUCUACUGCACUGACUUUCUGGCUUGGGCAUCCUCCAGAGCUCGGCUGUGGGGAAAGGCUGGCUAACGGACUCGCCUGCUCCUACGGACCUUCGGGAGUUUCUAAAUGUCCAGAUAAGGGUUAUGGAAGGGAAGGGCUGCUCUAAUGGGAGGCAAGGGGGCUGUUGGGGCAGGAAUUGGGCACCCUCCCUAGCAGGGGACCUCGGGAAGGGGGCAAGCUCCCUCCCUCCCUCCCCUUUCUUUUUCUCUCUGUUGCGAAUUGCGGAGCCCAAAGGGAGCCGGAGAAUGCCCUGAAACUCACGGGGCAUCACUGCCUGUCCUAAAAUGAGUCCAUGUGAGUGCGCGGGGGGAAGGGGUUCAUUUGCUCCUCCCCUCCCUCUUUCUGUCUCUCCCCCAUCCUCUGCUCCCCUAGCCCUGAUCCUUCUGCUGUUUGUUUGGUUUUUUAAAUUCAGUGAUUAGGAGAUAAUUGCUCUUCUCAAGACAUCAUUUAAAAAACCCGCCCAUCCCUCCGUGCUGGAAACAACCGAAAAUGUCUCUGCUUCCAAGUCUGAAAAUCGGAGCAGAGUCUUGUGUCUUCGAGGCUGGGUGCGAGAGGAAGUCUGGGGGCAGGAAUGUUUACAUGUCGCUCAGCUGGAGUCGCAGGACCCCUUCCUGGGAGGGGGUCUUCUCUGCUUCAGAGGCACAGCCAGUGCUGUCUCAAUCUUACUUCUGGUGUUUCUGCAGCUUGGGUCCCCAGACUUUGUUGGACUACACUUCCCCUCACCCCCUGCUGUGCCCCACUGUGAUGUGGGAUGAAGGGAGUUGUAGUCCAACAUCUGAGGGCCCAAGGUUGAGAACCCCGACUUAACCGCAACAGAUCUGAGGGCAGUUGAGGAAGGAAUCUGGCCCUUGCCGUGGUAAGCACAUGACCCUGGGCGUUCCAGUUCCGUUCCCGACUGCCCUGUCCACACUCACUGCAGGGCAACCUGGGCAUUCAGAUAUGCAUGUGCCAUUUACAAUUGACUGCAUCUGGUGUGGCCGCUUUCUGUUUUGAAUCCCAGGCCUUGCUCCAAAUUGUGAAGUGACUCUCUAAGCAGGUUCAGGAUCAAGGCUGCACCGAACUCUCAUAGGAAAGGCCAUUUCCCCCCCAACUUUGCUCUAUGGAAGGAGAACUGGCAUGUUGGGUGGAAGGAAAUGACUCCAGGUUCCUCCUGUGAAUCCACAGAGGAGGCUGCCCAAGUCUCUGCGUGAGUCACUGUCCGCUGAGGGCAGGGCACGGUGAUUCUGCCUGUCUCUCCAUCACGUGUGAUUGGAUCUUUCCACCCUUCCCCAUGCGGAUUCGCAGCAGAGCUCCGCCGCCGUACAGGAACCUCGUUGCUGCAAUUCUGCGUGAGUUGCUGCUCGGAGCUGCUGAUCUGGAGUCCCAUCCCGAACGGUGACUCGUGCUGGCACACAGCGGGUGCUUCUCUGCAGGCAGAUCAGUCCUAAAGAUAAACCUUUGUCAGGUAAAAGAGGGGAGCGUACUUCCAGGUUUAACUCUGAGGAAAAGAUGGCGUGUCUCGGUUCUCAGUCGUUUGGAAAUCCCACCAGCAGACUGUGCUUGGUUCCGCUUAAUAUUAUUCCAAAUGGCUGGAAAGCGCAGUCUCUUUGACCCCAAACAAUGGCACCUCCUGUUGUGUGGUUCCAUAUCUCUGGUUGAAUCCUCAUGGCCAGACUCAAUUCCUCUGCCUGGCCCUUCCUGGUUAGGGCCCCGUCUGUUCCCUUCUCUCCUGCCCUCACUUCCUUUGCUGUAACUCACCAAACAGUUCCACCUUUUUCAAGAGGCUCCCAAGUUUGCAUUCAGGCGGGCAGGAAACCCCCAACGAACUGGGCGACCGACUUAGUGCUGGAGGAACCGCUUAGCACCAAGUAUGUGGACCUGCAAAAGGUGCUUUUGGGGAAUCUGAGAAUUCCAGGCAUAGAUUUCUUGGCGAGAGUGCUGGGUUUAUUUCUUUUUCACCUUGAAGUUGGGGUGAUGUGGAGGAGGAAGUGUUAGCGGAGUGUGACCCACCUAGGAUAGAGCGAAGGGAAGCCGGCCGGGCAGCAGGAAAAGGCCAGUUGCAUGCACGGCAGUGAUUUAUGGGAGAUUUUUUUGUAGCGCUUUCUUGAACCUGCUCCCUCCACAACAGCUCAGUUGCUUCUGCUCAGCAGUGGCAACGCAUGAUCCUUCCAUUUGGAGCCCUUCAGGAAUGCACCCCGAAAAUCCGGAGCAAAAAAUGUGACUCCAUCCCACCCCACCCCACGCCGCCCCACAAGGAGCUUGUGUGCAUCCCAGGAAUCUCCCGUGUGGGGCUCUGUUUCUUCUUGCUCUCCGGCACGCGGCCUUAACAUGCCAGGCUUUUCUUGGUUCGAGACUUCCCCCAACUGCCUGACUGACAUACCAGCUUUUUAUGUACUGUGCCUCACCUGGCCGGAGCCGUCCCCAUCUUGUUGGCCUGCGGGGGGGGGGGGGGGGCGGCAGCUGGUGAGGGCCCUACAAGAGCCUGUAUAUUGCUAGCAAAAAAACAAAACCCAAGACAGACAAAAUGUGAAAACAAUGGUGGUUUUAAUAAAAAUAGUAAUAACCAA